AAAGAAGAAGGCUUUUGUUUGUCUCUCUUCCCGGAGAUCUCUCUUUCUCUUCUCCAUCCUUGUUCUCUCGGCGCGCGCUUCAUCCUCAUCACCUUCGAAUUCGAGUCCUUUGGAAUUUCGAUUCGUUUAGUUUUCGAAGUAUUUAAGUUUCGAGGGUAGUUGCUAGGAUGGGUGUGAAGCAGGCUCUAAGGAGCAUCGAUGCGUUUCCAAGAGCAGAGGAUCAUUUGCUGCAGAAGACACAAUCUGGUGCAGUUGUAUCUAUUGUUGGACUUCUUAUAAUGGCUACUUUGUUCUUGCACGAGCUGAGUUAUUAUCUUAACACACUUACAGUGCACCAGAUGUCUGUGGACUUAAAGCGUGGAGAAACUCUUCCAAUUCAUGUAAAUAUGACGUUUCCAUCUUUGCCUUGUGAUGUAUUGAGCGUAGAUGCUAUCGACAUGUCAGGGAAGCAUGAAGUGGAUCUUGAUACAAACAUUUGGAAGCUCCGUCUCAACAGUCAUGGUCAUAUCAUUGGCACAGAAUAUAUAUCUGAUCUUGUUGAAAAGGGGCAUGAGCAUGGCCACUCACCUCACAAACAUGAUGGCAAAGAAGAACACAAGAAUGAGACUGAAACCGAAGCAUUGAAUAUUCUUGGCUUUGAUCAAGCUGCUGAGACUAUGAUUAAAAAGGUGAAGCAAGCAUUGGCAGAUGGAGAAGGAUGUCGGGUUUAUGGUGUCCUAGAUGUACAACGGGUUGCUGGAAACUUCCAUAUUUCAGUUCACGGGCUGAACAUCUAUGUUGCUCAGAUGAUAUUUGGCGGGUCCAAAAAUGUAAACGUGAGCCAUAUGAUUCAUGAUCUAUCCUUUGGGCCGAAAUACCCCGGAAUUCACAACCCACUUGAUGACACCAACCGAAUACUGCAUGACACCAGUGGAACAUUCAAAUACUAUAUUAAGAUUGUUCCCACGGAAUAUAGAUAUCUUUCAAAAGACGUACUGUCAACAAAUCAGUACUCUGUAACUGAAUAUUACACGCCAAUGACUGAAUUCGACCGAACAUGGCCAGCUGUCUACUUCUUAUAUGAUCUUUCACCUAUCACUGUAACCAUCAAGGAAGAACGCCGUAGUUUUCUCCACUUAAUCACUCGGCUUUGCGCUGUAUUAGGCGGUACCUUUGCUUUGACAGGAAUGUUAGAUCGUUGGAUGUUCCGCUUGAUUGAAUCUUUCAACAAGAAGUCGAGUACCAGAGCAUAAACUAGUUGAAGAAACAGAGACAAAACAAAGAAGAAAAAAAAAACCAAGGAAGGAAGAACAAUCUCUCAAACUCCAAAACUUGUAUCUGCCUUCUUGAGACAACCACCCACCAGAGAUUCCAGGAUUGAUGAUUACACAUUCAUUACUCAGAAACUCUAGAAUCCAUGGAUAUAGUGUUUUUGCAUCUUCUCAGUCUUUUUUUUUUCCUCUCUUAUGUAUUUACUCUGAUUAUCUCUGGUUAAACUAGUAGAGUUAAUUUGUAAUUUUAUUCACCUUGCUUCCUGAGAUUUUAACAUUUUUGCAUCUU